AUGUCCCAAACAAGUAAACUAAAAGAAAUAUAGAGUCAAAUUGAAAGUUUAAACUAAAAUAUAAUAUGUAUAAUUUAGCAAUAAUAAGUGGAGAAAGACAAGUAAAUUCAGGAAUAAUAAAAAAAUUAAGAUGAGUCAAAGAAAUUUAACUUGAAUCUUAACACUUUUCAAUAAUAAAUAACCAAAAAUAAUAGUGAUUAGAAAAAUAUCUUUGAUGAGAAAUUAAAAAAUAUUGACACUAGAUUGUCAUAAUAUGAGAAAAAAGUUUCCGAUUUAGAAGAACGAAUUUACAAGUGUUUAAAAUAAUAAAACCAAAAAAUAAGCAAAUUAGAAGAAACAAAUGAAGUAUUAAAAAAGGAAAUCUCAGUUUAAAAUUCUUUAUCAGUAAAAACAUUUUAAACUUAACUUGGUGAAGUAAAACAAAAUCUUUAAGAUUAAAUAAAUACUCUACGUUAAAAUUAAUUACAAGAGUAGGAAUAUAAGAAUAUGUCAAUUGAUUUUACCACUAUUAUUGAUUAAUGGAAGGAAUACAAAAAUAAAAUUAAUACUGAUUAAGAGAAAAUUUAAGUGUAAUAAUAAAGUUAGGAUUAAAAGCUUGAAAAAAUUGCAGAGAUGUUAAAUAUUCAAAUAAUAGAGAACAAAAAUCAAAUAACUGAAUUAAAUAAAGAUAAUGCAGAUUUGAAAAGUCAAAUCGAUAUUUUAAAAUAAAAUUAUAGUUUAAAGACAGAAUUAGAAGAUUUAUAAAAAAAAUCUUAAGAUGACAAAGUUAAAUUAUUGGAAUCCUAGGUGCAAAUUUUAUUAUUAUAAAAUCAACUAGCUUAAGCAAUAAUGCCUGUAAACCAAGUUAAAGCCUUAAUUGAUUACUUUAGAGACAAAAAAAAUCUAAAUGAAUUUCUGAGAAAAAUUCGUAAGAAUCUUUAGGAUUGA